AUGGCUUGGAUUUUACAAUCUGUUUCUCGUGAAAUUGCAGCUAGCAUUAUGUUUCAAGAUUCGGCCACUGCUAUGUGGAAUGACCUCCAUGAGCGAUUUAAUCAAGGCAAUGGUCCUAGGAUAUUCCAGCUACAAACUUUAGUCCACACCAUCAAACAAGGUGACUCGGAUAUCAAUUCCUACUUUACUCGUCUCAAAGCUAUUUGGGAUGAACUCAAGGAGUUUCAGCCAAUUAUCCCUUGUUCUAGUGGCUGUAGAUGUGGUGCUGUUGAAAGAUUGCUUGGAUAUUAUCACAGGGAUCAAGUUAUGCAAUUUCUGGCUGGUCUCAAUGACUCCUAUUCUUCAGUGAGAGCGCAAAUUCUGCUCUAUGAUCCUCUUCCUCCACUGUCCAAAGUCUUCUCCAUGAUAUCUCAAGAAGAAAGACAAAGAAGUCUAGGCCACACCACUCCAUUCAUUGCUGCUACUGGGGGUUCGCACACAUCUACCAAGCCUCCUUCAUCAAGAUCAAAGAAACCGAGACCCACUUGUUCUCAUUGUCUCAAGCUGGGUCACUUAGUGGACAAAUGCUUUUUUCUUCAUGGAUUCCCUCCUGGGUACGGUGACAAGCGUCGUCAAGAUGAAGCUCUCAAACCCUCUGUUCAUCAAGCUUCCGUUUCUCCUGUUUCUGGGUCGAUUUUGGGCAAACCACCUAUGCUGUCCCAAACCAAGCUCAGUCAGCAGCUUAUCUCCCUUCUAAGUCAGAAUCUUCAGCACACCAUGGCUGCCAUAGACAACAACGUGCCGAUUGCCUCACAAGUCUCUGGUAAUCUCGUUGACUUCCCUUCUUGUCUGUGGAUUGUUGAUAGUGGAGCAUCCCACCAUGUGUGUUACUCCCUUAAAUGUUUUAAGACUAUUGAUAAACAUCCUACUGCCACCUUAGUCACUUUACCUAAUGGACAUAUCAUUCCUAUUUCUUAUUCUGGCACUGUUCAACUUUUUAGCUGCAUUAUCUUGACUGAUGCACCCUCUCGGACUUCCAAGAUUGGGAUUGCUAAGAAAAUAGGCCAGCUGUUUUACUUUGAACAAGACCGUCAAUUCUUGCAUUUUGUACAUUCUGACAGCACUCUUAAUACUUCUGUCUAUCUAAUUAAUAGAACUCCAUCUUUACUUUUAAAGAAAAAGACUUCAUUUGAGCUGCUUUAUAAUAAAUUGCCCUCAUAUGAGCAUCUUAGAAACUUUGGCUGCCUUGCUUAUGCCUCUACUUUAGAUCGGAAUAGACAUAAAUUCUCACCUAGAUCUAAAGCUUGUGUUUUUAUUGGUUAUCCGCAUGGAAUGAAGGCCUAUACUUUGCUUGAUAAUGAGACUCACCAGAUAUUUCACUCUAGGGAUGUCAUCUUCUAUGAACAUAUUUAUCCUUUAAAGCAUGAUAACUCUACUGUGUCUAAUGAUUAUUUUUUCCUAACUAAAGUGUUUGAUACAGGAUCUCAUCAUCCUCAAGUGCCCUCUUCUUUCAAUAACGCCCUUGAGGAUCCCUCUCCUGCGGUUACCACUUUUAAAAGUGGCCGGACUAUUUCUCGCCCCUCUUAUCUCAAAGACUAUGCUUGUAACUUUGUUAUUUUUGAGUCUUCUACUACUUACCCCUUAUCUGAUGUUCUAUCUUAUGAUAGGUUAAAUGAUCACUUUAGGGCUGCCAUUUUGUCCACCCAUAUGGUAGUAGAACCAUCUAGUUACAAGCAAGCUUCAAACAUUCCAGAGUGGUAG